AUGCAACUACGAACAAUCGCGCCCUCGGCGCCGUUCCUCGCUACGCUGCUGGCCGCGCCGCAGCUCGUAUCCGCCUUCUACCUCCCCGGAGUCGCGCCCGCAGCAUAUGCAAGAGACCAACUAGUCCCUCUCAAUGUCAACGCGAUUCGGCCCGUCGCAGGCCCCGACGCGAUGCUUCACUCGGUUGUGUCUUACGACUACUACCACCCGCUAUUCCAGUUCUGCGUCCCGCCAGAUGGGCCCAAGGAUGUCGGCUCUAGCUUGGGCGGCAUAUUGUUUGGUGAUAGGAUAAAAACUUCGCCGUUCGAGCUCAAGAUGGCAAGCAACGAGAGCUGCAAAGCGCUUUGCAAGACAACAUACCAGAAAGAGGCCGCCGGGUUCGUCAACCAGCGGAUCCGGUCCGGCAUCAGCCUCAACUGGCUCGUCGACGGUCUCCCGGCUGGCCAAAAGAUUAUAGACGAGCAGUCAGGAACCGAGUUCUACAACCCCGGCUUCCUUCUCGGUCAACAUACUGGGGAUGGCGACCAGGUCCUGUUCAACAAUCACUACGACAUCAUCAUCGAGUAUCACGAAGUUCCGGGGAGCCAAGAGCUGUACCGGGUGGUGGGCGUCAUCGUUCAACCCGAGUCGAAGAAAUACAAAGGGCCCAUUGACGGACAGGCGUGCAACGCGGACUUGGACCCCGUUAUCCUGAAUGAAGCCGGCGCUACCGAGGUCCAAUUCACCUACGGCGUCUACUGGGUUCCCUCCAAGACAGCCUGGGCUACUCGUUGGGACAAGUACCUCCACGUUUUCGACCCCAAGAUUCACUGGUUCUCGCUCAUCAACUCGGCCGUAAUCGUCGUCUUCUUAGUGCUCACCGUCAUGUCCGUCCUUGUCCGCGCCCUCAAGAAGGAUAUCGCCCGCUACAACCGACUCGAUCAGCUCAACCUCGAGGACCUUUCGGGCACAUCGGCACUUAUGGAGGACGGCGUGCAAGAGGACUCCGGCUGGAAGCUCGUCCAUGGUGAUGUUUUCCGGACGCCUAAGCACCCCCUUCUCCUCUCCGUCCUUGUCGGCAACGGCGCCCAGCUCUUCGUGAUGACGGGGGUCACCAUUGCCCUUGCUCUUCUGGGCUUCCUUUCCCCAUCCAACCGGGGCUCCCUCGGCACCAUCGUGAUUCUGCUCUACACGAUCCUUGGCUUUGUCGGCGGCUACACGUCCUCGCGCAUGUACAAGUCGUUCCAGGGCGACAAGUGGAAGCUCUGCAUCAUCCUGACCCCGGUCCUCGUCCCGGGCAUCGUGUUCUCCUCCUUCUUCCUCCUGGACCUCUUCCUCUGGGCCAAGAGCUCCUCGGGCGCCGUGCCGUUCACCACCAUGCUCGUCAUCGUUCUCAUCUGGUUCCUCAUCAGCGUACCACUCUCGUGCGCCGGCUCCUGGGUCGGCUUCCGCGCCGCCGCCCUCGAGCCGCCCGUCCGCACCAACCAGAUCCCGCGCCAGAUCCCGCCCGUCACCACCUACCUCAAGCCCGUCCCCAGCAUGCUGCUCGUCGGCCUGCUGCCGUUCGGCGCCAUCUUCGUCGAGCUGUACUUCAUCAUGAGUUCCAUAUGGUUCAGCAAGAUCUACUACAUGUUCGGCUUUCUCUUCCUGUGCUACGGCCUCAUGAUCAUGACCUGCGCCGCCGUCACCGUGCUCAUGGUGUACUUCCUGCUGUGCGCCGAGAACUACAACUGGCAGUGGCGCGCCUUCCUGGCCGCCGGCACCACCUCAGGAUACAUCUUCCUCAACGCCGUCAUCUACUGGGUCAGCAAGCUGUCACUGGGCGGGUUUGCGGGCAGCGUGCUGUACAUCGGGUACAGCCUGCUGAUCUCGUUCCUGUUCUUUAUCUUGACUGGAUCGAUCGGUUUCUUUUCCAGCUGGCUGUUUGUCCGCAAGAUUUACGCCUCCAUCAAGAUCGAUUAG